GAGAGAGUACUCGUACUGACAGUUGAUGGGAGAAGUAUUGUUGGUACAUUGAUAGGCUUGGACCAGAUGAUCAACAUAGUACUUGAACAGUGUCAUCAGAGGAUAUAUUCAGAGGAAGGAGUCAAGGAGUUCAAUCUAGGUGUUCAUAUUAUAAGAGGUGAUGAUGUUGCAAUCAUUGGCGAGAUUGAGAAGGACCUUGAUGAUAAUCUCAACCUAAAAGAUAUACAUGCUGCUCCAAUGAAGCCAAUCGUUCACUAA